UAGCGGGGGCGGCGCGUCCAGCGCUCAGUCACCAAAGUCGGCCCUGGGAAGAGCCGGAGAAGCGACCGUAUCUCUGCCGGGCAGCCGAGGAAUUGGCCGGCCAUGUCGGAUUCGGGGGGCGGCGGUGGUGGAGGCGGAGGGGAGGACGGCGGCUUGGAAGUGACCGGCUCGGCGGUGCAGAAUGUGGCCGACGUGUCUGUGCUGCAGAAGCACCUGCGCAAACUGGUGCCGCUGAUGCUGGAGGAUGGCGGGGAGGCGCCGGCCGCGCUGGAAUCGGCGCUGGAGGAGAAGGGCGCCGUGGAGCAGAUGCGCAAGUUCCUCUCGGACCCGCAAGUCCACGCCGUGCUGGUCGAGCGCUCCACCCUCAAGGAGGAUGUUGGUGAUGAAGGAGAGGAAGAAAAGGAAUUCAUUUCCUAUGGCAUAAGUACUGACAUUCAUUAUGGGAUGAAAUCAAACAGUUUGGCAUUCAUUAAACGAACACCGGUAAUUGACGCAGACAAGCCUGUAUCCUCACAGCUCAGAGUCCUCUCCCUCAGCGAAGACUCUCCAUAUGAAACCUUGCAUUCCUUCAUUAGCAAUGCCGUUGCUCCCUUUUUCAAGUCGUACAUCAGAGAGUCUGGCAAAGCAGACAGGGAUGGAGAUAAAAUGGCUCCUUCAGUUGAGAAGAAAAUCGCAGAACUUGAAAUGGGACUCCUGCACCUCCAGCAGAACAUCGAAAUACCAGAGAUCAGCUUGCCGAUCCAUCCAAUCAUUACCAACGUUGCCAAGCAGUGCUACGAGCGUGGGGAAAAGCCGAAGGUCACCGAUUUUGGCGAUAAAGUUGAAGACCCGACCUUUCUCAACCAGUUGCAGUCUGGCGUUAAUCGCUGGAUUAGAGAAAUCCAAAAGGUGACCAAGCUGGAUCGGGACCCUGCAUCAGGCACCGCAUUGCAAGAAAUCAGCUUCUGGCUGAACUUGGAACGUGCCCUCUAUCGGAUUCAGGAGAAGCGUGAAAGCCCUGAGGUUCUCCUAACCUUGGAUAUCUUAAAACAUGGGAAGCGCUUUCAUGCCACUGUCAGUUUUGAUACGGACACAGGUCUAAAACAGGCUUUGGAGACCGUGAAUGACUACAACCCGUUGAUGAAAGACUUCCCCCUGAACGACCUGUUAUCUGCUACUGAGCUGGAUAAGAUAAGGCAGGCGUUGGUGGCCAUAUUCACUCACCUGAGAAAAAUCAGAAACACCAAGUACCCUAUUCAAAGAGCAUUGCGCCUAGUGGAGGCCAUCUCAAGAGACCUGAGCUCCCAACUGCUCAAAGUCUUGGGGACACGGAAGCUCAUGCAUGUUGCCUAUGAAGAGUUUGAGAAGGUCAUGGUUGCCUGUUUCGAAGUCUUCCAGACUUGGGAUGAUGAAUACGAGAAACUGCAAGUCUUGCUGAGAGACAUUGUGAAGAGGAAGAGGGAAGAGAACCUGAAGAUGGUGUGGCGUAUCAACCCCGCCCACAGAAAGCUGCAGGCGCGUCUUGACCAGAUGAGGAAAUUCAGACGUCAGCAUGAGCAGCUGAGAGCUGUUAUUGUGAGAGUCUUAAGACCACAGGUGACUGCAGUAGCCCAGCAAAAUCAGGGAGAGGUACCUGAACCCCAGGACAUGAAAGUAGCAGAGGUCCUGUUUGACGCCGCCGAUGCCAACGCAAUUGAAGAAGUCAACCUGGCUUAUGAGAAUGUCAAAGAAGUAGACGGCUUGGAUGUUUCCAAAGAAGGCACCGAGGCCUGGGAGGCUGCGAUGAAGCGAUACGAUGAACGAAUUGAUCGGGUUGAAACCCGCAUUACUGCUCGCCUGAGGGACCAGCUCGGCACAGCCAAGAACGCCAACGAAAUGUUCAGGAUCUUCUCCAGGUUCAACGCUCUCUUUGUCAGGCCCCACAUCAGAGGCGCCAUCCGCGAGUACCAAACACAGCUCAUCCAGCGGGUGAAAGAUGACAUCGAGUCGCUUCACGACAAGUUCAAAGUGCAGUAUCCGCAGAGUCAGGCUUGCAAAAUGAGCCACGUGCGGGACUUGCCCCCGGUGUCUGGGUCUAUAAUUUGGGCCAAACAGAUUGACAGGCAGCUGACGGCUUACAUGAAGCGUGUGGAAGAUGUCCUUGGAAAGGGUUGGGAGAACCAUGUGGAAGGACAGAAACUGAAACAAGAUGGAGACAGUUUCCGGAUGAAGCUGAAUACCCAAGAAAUAUUCGACGAUUGGGCCAGGAAGGUGCAGCAGCGUAACCUCGGUGUUUCUGGUCGCAUUUUCACUAUUGAAAGCACACGUGUGAGGGGCCGAACAGGAAAUGUGCUCAAACUGAAAGUCAACUUCCUCCCUGAAAUAAUUACACUCUCGAAAGAAGUCCGUAACCUUAAGUGGCUCGGGUUCCGGGUUCCUCUUACAAUUGUCAAUAAAGCUCACCAAGCAAAUCAGCUGUACCCUUUCGCUAUUUCUCUGAUUGAAAGCGUCCGUACAUAUGAACGCACCUGUGAGAAGGUGGAAGAACGUAACACCAUUUCCCUCCUGGUUGCUGGUCUGAAGAAGGAAGUUCAAGCUUUGAUUGGAGAAGGGAUUGCUCUGGUGUGGGAAUCUUACAAACUUGACCCAUAUGUGCAGCGGCUGGCUGAGACAGUCUUCAACUUCCAAGAAAAGGUGGAUGAUUUGCUUAUCAUUGAAGAGAAGAUAGACUUGGAAGUCAGGUCGCUGGAAACUUGCAUGUACGAUCACAAAACCUUCUCGGAAAUCCUGAACAGAGUUCAAAAGGCUGUGGAUGACUUGAACCUUCAUUCAUAUUCCAACUUGCCCAUCUGGGUUAAUAAGCUCGACAUGGAGAUUGAGAGAAUCCUGGGAGUCCGUUUGCAAGCUGGGCUGAGAGCGUGGACACAAGUACUGCUCGGGCAGGCGGAUGAGAAGGCCGAGGUUGACAUGGACACAGAUGCCCCACAAGUCAGUCACAAGCCCGGUGGAGAACCAAAGAUCAAAAACGUUGUGCAUGAGCUGCGGAUAACCAAUCAGGUGAUCUACCUGAACCCCCCAAUUGAAGAUUGCAGAUACAAACUCUUCCAAGAAUUGUUUGCCUGGAAGAUGGUGAUACUGUCCCUGCCUAGAAUCCAGAGUCAGCGGUAUCAGGUUGGUGUACACUAUGAACUCUCAGAAGAGGAAAAAUUCUAUCGGAAUGCGUUGACUCGGAUGCCAGAUGGCCCUUCGGCACUUGAAGAGUCUUACUCUGCAGUCAUGGGGAUUGUCACAGAGGUUGAGCAGUAUGUUAAGGUCUGGCUUCAGUAUCAGUGUCUGUGGGAUAUGCAAGCUGAGAAUAUCUACAACCGUCUUGGAGAAGACUUGAACAAGUGGCAGGCUCUCUUAGUUCAGAUAAGAAAAGCAAGAGGAACUUUUGACAAUGCAGAAACCAGGAAGGAAUUUGGACCGGUCAUCAUAGACUAUGGAAAGGUGCAAUCCAAGGUGAACUUGAAGUACGACUCUUGGCAUAAGGAAGUGCUCAGCAAAUUCGGUCAGAUGCUGGGCCAAAACAUGACCGAGUUCCAUACUCAAAUUUCCAAGUCGAGACAAGAACUAGAGCAGCAUUCCGUGGACACAGCAAGCACAUCGGACGCAGUGACCUUCAUCACUUACGUGCAGUCCCUGAAACGCAAGAUCAAGCAAUUUGAAAAACAAGUUGAACUAUACCGCAAUGGGCAGCGUUUGCUCGAGAAGCAGAGAUUCCAGUUUCCCUCAUCCUGGCUCUACAUUGAUAACAUCGAAGGGGAGUGGGGCGCCUUCAAUGACAUCAUGCGCCGCAAGGAUUCUGCCAUUCAGCAGCAAGUGGCGAACUUGCAGAUGAAGAUCGUGCAAGAGGAUCGAGCCGUGGAGAGCCGCACGGUUGACUUGCUGACGGACUGGGAGAAAACAAAGCCGGUCACGGGUAACCUGCGGCCAGAGGACGCUCUUCAAGCACUGACCAUAUACGAAGGAAAAUUCGGGAGGCUGAAAGAUGACCGUGAAAAAUGCGCAAAAGCCAAAGAGGCGUUGGAACUUACAGAUACGGGACUUCUUAGCGGGAGCGAAGAACGUGUGCAGGUUGCUUUGGAAGAGCUGCAGGAUCUGAAAGGAGUCUGGUCUGAGCUAUCCAAGGUCUGGGAGCAGAUUGAUCAAAUGAAGGAGCAGCCUUGGGUCUCAGUACAACCUCGCAAGCUUCGACAAAGUUUAGAUGGUUUGCUGAAUCAGCUGAAGAAUUUCCCCGCUCGCUUGCGUCAGUAUGCCUCCUAUGAAUAUGUUCAGAGGCUGCUGAAAGGUUACAUGAAGAUCAAUAUGUUGGUGAUUGAGCUGAAGUCUGAAGCUCUUAAGGAUCGCCACUGGAAGCAAUUGAUGAAGAGGCUGCAUGUGAAUUGGGUGGUUUCUGAACUCACCCUGGGACAGAUUUGGGAUGUUGACUUGCAGAAGAAUGAGAUGAUCGUGAAAGAUGUUCUGAUCGUGGCUCAGGGAGAGAUGGCGCUGGAGGAAUUUUUGAAGCAGAUCAGAGAAGUAUGGAACACCUACGAACUGGACUUGGUGAACUACCAGAACAAGUGUCGCUUGAUCCGUGGUUGGGAUGAUCUCUUCAACAAAGUGAAAGAGCACAUCAACAGCGUCUCUGCAAUGAAACUCUCGCCGUACUACAAGGUGUUUGAAGAAGAUGCACUGAGCUGGGAAGACAAACUGAAUCGUAUCAUGGCACUCUUUGAUGUCUGGAUUGAUGUCCAGAGGCGUUGGGUGUACCUGGAAGGCAUCUUCACUGGUAGCGCUGAUAUCAAGCACCUGCUGCCAGUGGAAACGCAGAGGUUCCAAAGCAUCAGUACAGAAUUCCUGGCUCUCAUGAAAAAGGUGUCCAAAUCUCCCCUGGUCAUGGAUGUUCUGAAUAUUCAGGGUGUUCAGAGAUCGCUGGAGAGAUUAGCCGACUUGCUUGGGAAGAUCCAGAAGGCCUUGGGCGAGUACUUGGAACGAGAGAGGUCUUCUUUCCCCCGGUAAAUAAUUGUGUCCAUUGAUUCUUUGCUUUCUGGUUUUACUGCUACAUGAAGACGGUUUGAAAUCAAUGGGAACAGCAAGAAUGUCGCCAAACUGCAGAAACACUUCAAGAAGAUGUUUGCCGGGGUGUCCAGCAUCAUUCUGAACGAGGACAGCUCUGUCGUCCUGGGAAUCUCUUCCCGGGAGGGCGAAGAGGUACGGCAGGUUUUUCUCAACUGUCGUAUACAUUUAAGGAAUCACGAGUGGCUCACGCUAUCGAGAAUGAGAGGACUUCGCUAAAGCUGCUUGUCGAAGUCAGUCACCGAGGGUCAAAUCUUCGGGUAAGCUUUGUAAUUCCCAUCGAGCGCCACCACCUACAUCUCCUGGAUUGACAAAUAUCAGGCCCAGCUUGUUGUCCUGUCGGCACAGAUUGCCUGGUCGGAGAACGUGGAGUCCGCAUUGAAUGGCAUGGGCGGCGGCGGUGACAGUACACCUCUGCAGUCUGUGCUGGCCAACGUUGAGGUCACCUUGAACGUGCUUGCGGAUUCUGUGUUGAUGGAGCAGCCGCCUCUCCGCAGGAAGAAACUGGAACAUCUGAUUACUGAACUGGUGCACCAACGGGAUGUUACGAGAUCCCUGGUCAGAAGCAGAAUCGACAACUCCAAAUCCUUUGAGUGGCUCUGCCAGAUGAGGUUCUACUUCGACCCGAAGCAGACAGAUGUGUUGCAGCAGCUGUCCAUCCAGAUGGCAAAUGCCAAAUUCAACUAUGGUUUCGAAUACCUUGGCGUACAAGAUAAACUGGUGCAAACUCCACUAACUGAUCGCUGCUACCUGACAAUGACUCAAGCGCUGGAGGCCAGGCUGGGAGGGUCUCCGGCUAUAUGGUUGCCGCUGGGGCCUGCUGGAACUGGUAAAACAGAAUCUGUCAAGGCUCUUGGGCACCAGCUUGGCCGGUUUGUCCUUGUUUUCAACUGUGACGAAACGUUUGAUUUCCAGGCAAUGGGCCGCAUCUUCGUGGGUCUCUGCCAGGUGGGCGCCUGGGGCUGCUUUGACGAGUUCAACAGGCUUGAGGAGCGGAUGCUGUCGGCUGUUUCUCAGCAGAUUCAGUGCAUCCAAGAAGCCUUGCGGGAGCAUUCCAAUCCAAACUUGGACAAAGCUUCUACCCCCAUUACCUGCGAGCUGCUGAACAAGCAAGUAAAAGUGAGCGCGGACAUGGCCAUCUUCAUCACCAUGAACCCUGGCUACGCCGGGAGAUCAAACCUCCCCGACAACUUGAAGAAGCUGUUCCGUAGCUUGGCCAUGACCAAGCCUGACCGCCAGCUGAUUGCCCAAGUCAUGUUGUACUCUCAGGGCUUCCGGACCGCUGAAGUGCUUGCCAACAAGAUAGUCCCGUUCUUUAGGUUGUGUGAUGAGCAGCUGUCUUCUCAAAGCCACUACGACUACUUAUGGGCAAUUGAAGAUAGGUCAGUUGGUAACGAAAGAGAGAGAAUUCAGAAGAUCAAACGCGAGAAGGAAGAGCGGGGCGAAGUGGUUGACGAAGGAGAGAUUGCUGAGAACUUGCCAGAACAAGAGAUCCUGAUCCAGAGCGUCUGUGAAACCAUGGUACCCAAACUGGUUGCAGAAGACAUCCCGUUGCUGUUCAGCCUCCUGUCCGACGUGUUCCCCGGCAUUCAGUAUCAUCGUGGAGAAAUGACCGCCUUGAGGGAAGAACUGAAGAAGGUGUGUCAAGAAAUGUACCUCACGUACGGUGACGGAGAAGACGUUGGCGGAAUGUGGGUCGAAAAGGUUCUCCAACUCUACCAGAUCACUCAGAUCAACCAUGGUCUGAUGAUGGUGGGUCCUUCCGGAAGUGGGAAGAGCAUGGCUUGGAGAGUGCUCCUGAAAGCCCUGGAGAGGUUGGAGGGUGUGGAAGGCGUCGCCCACAUCAUUGACCCCAAAGCAAUCAGCAAAGACCAUCUGUAUGGCACUCUGGAUCCCAACACCAGAGAGUGGACCGAUGGAUUGUUCACGCAUGUCUUGAGAAAGAUUAUAGACAACGUGAGAGGCGAGCUGCAGAAGCGCCAGUGGAUCAUCUUUGAUGGAGAUGUCGAUCCUGAAUGGGUUGAGAACUUGAACUCUGUUUUGGAUGACAACAAGCUGCUGACUCUGCCAAACGGGGAGCGUCUGAGCCUCCCACCAAAUGGUUGUAGAGGAGAAGCCUCAGCGCAGGCUAAGGGCAAAGAAGACAGGGGAGGAAGCCGCCUCCCACUGUUGCAGAUUCAGAGAGACGCAGCUACGAUUAUGCAGCCCUACUUCACGUCGAACGGGCUGGUGACAAAGGCACUUGAACACGCCUUCAAGUUGGAGCACAUCAUGGAUCUCACACGCCAUGCCUGCUUGCCUCGCUCGCUUCUUUUCCAUAUGCUGCACCAGGCUUGUUUAAUGUGAUGCGAGUACAAUGCCAACCACCCGGACUUCCCCAUGCAGAUAGAUCAGCUUGAACGCUACAUCCAGCGGUAUCUGGUUUAUGCGAUUCUGUGGUCAUUCUGUGGAGACAGUCGUCUGAAGAUGAGAGCUGAACUGGGUGAAUACAUCCGAAGAAUCACCACCGUGCCACUGCCUACAGCACCAAAUAUCCCAAUAAUUGAUUACGAGGUGUCAAUUACCGGUGAAUGGGUGCCCUGGCAAUCAAAGGUUCCACAGAUUGAAGUUGAGACUCACAAAGUUGCAGCUCCGGAUGUGGUGGUGCCCACCCUGGACACUGUCCGCCACGAAGCCUUGCUCUACACGUGGCUUGCUGAACACAAACCCCUUGUCCUCUGUGGCCCGCCGGGUUCUGGAAAGACCAUGACUCUCUUCAGUGCACUCAGGGCUUUGCCUGACAUGGAGGUGGUCGGGACUGGUCUCUCCAGCUGCUAUCACUCCCCUUGUGAGCUUCGAAAACCUUUUGACCACUAUUAUAGUACAGGGCUGCGAUUUAAUGGUGUGGUGCUGGCUCCCGUUCAGCUCGGGAAAUGGCUGGUGCUCUUCUGUGAUGAAAUCAACUUGCCAGAUAUGGAUAAAUACGGCACCCAGAGAGUCAUCUCCUUCAUUAGACAGAUGGUAGAGCAUGGAGGCUUCUACCGAACAUCAGACCAGACAUGGGUAAAACUGGAGCGAAUUCAGUUUGUUGGCGCAUGUAACCCGCCAACAGAUCCUGGAAGAAAACCUCUUUCACACAGAUUCCUGCGCCACAUUCCAGUUGUGUACGUGGACUACCCUGGGCCAGCUUCUCUCACUCAGAUCUAUGGCACUUUCAAUCGGGCCAUGUUGAGGCUCAUUCCGUCUCUCCGCACCUACGCAGAGCCUCUCACUGCUGCUAUGGUGGAGUUCUAUACAAUGUCUCAGGAAAGAUUCACGCAGGACACGCAGCCGCACUAUAUCUAUUCACCCCGUGAAAUGACUCGAUGGGUGAGAGGUAUCUUUGAAGCUCUGAGACCAUUGGAAACGUUACCUGUCGAAGGCCUUAUUAGAAUCUGGGCACAUGAAGCUUUGCGGCUCUUCCAGGACAGGCUUGUGGAAGACGAUGAAAGACGCUGGACCGAUGAAAACAUUGAUUUGGUGGCUCUGAAGCAUUUCCCCAACAUAGACAAAGAGAAAGCGAUGUGCAGGCCCAUUCUGUACAGCAAUUGGCUGUCAAAGGAUUACAUCCCAGUUGAUCAGGAAGAGCUGAGAGAUUAUGUAAAAGCCCGGCUGAAAGUCUUCUACGAAGAAGAGCUUGAUGUACCACUGGUCUUGUUCAAUGAAGUCUUAGAUCAUGUGCUGCGAAUUGACAGGAUCUUCCGUCAGCCUCAGGGGCACUUGCUUUUGAUUGGUGUUAGCGGAGCUGGGAAGACUACUCUCUCACGAUUUGUGGCUUGGAUGAAUGGCUUAAGCGUCUAUCAGAUUAAGGUGCACAGAAAAUAUACUGGAGAAGACUUUGACGAAGAUCUAAGGACAGUGUUGAGACGCUCUGGCUGCAAGAAUGAGAAAAUAGCGUUCAUAAUGGAUGAAUCAAAUGUACUCGAUUCUGGGUUCCUUGAGAGAAUGAAUACUCUUCUAGCCAACGGAGAGGUUCCAGGUCUGUUUGAAGGAGAUGAAUACGCCACUCUCAUGACUCAGUGUAAGGAAGGGGCUCAGAAAGAGGGCUUGAUGUUGGAUUCGCACGAAGAGCUGUAUAAAUGGUUCACCAGCCAAGUCAUUCGCAAUCUCCACGUUGUCUUCACCAUGAACCCAUCAUCUGAGGGCUUGAAAGACCGGGCAGCCACGUCUCCAGCUCUCUUCAACAGGUGUGUCUUGAACUGGUUUGGAGACUGGUCGACUGAGGCCCUUUAUCAAGUGGGCAAAGAGUUUACCAGCAAAAUGGACCUUGAAAAGCCCAAUUACAUUGUGCCCGACUACAUGCCAGUGGUGUACGAUAAGCUGCCGCAGCCACCAUCACACAGGGAAGCUAUUGUAAACAGUUGCGUGUUUGUUCACCAGACCCUUCACCAGGCUAACGCUCGCUUGGCCAAAAGAGGAGGCAGGACAAUGGCCAUCACCCCUCGCCAUUAUUUGGACUUCAUCAACCACUAUGCCAAUUUAUUCAAUGAAAAAAGGAGUGAGCUGGAAGAGCAGCAAAUGCAUUUGAACGUUGGUCUUAGGAAGAUCAAGGAAACGGUUGACCAGGUAGAAGAAUUGCGCCGUGACUUGAGAAUAAAAAGCCAAGAGCUGGAAGUCAAGAACGCUGCACUUUUACAAGGGUUGAUGGUGAAGGAUCGUGCGCAGGAGGCAGAAAAGUGCCAGGUGAUGAGCCAAGAAAUCCAAGAACAGUUGCACAAACAGCAAGAGGGCAUUGCAGACAAGCAGAUGAGUGUGAAGGAAGAUCUGGACAAAGUGGAGCCUGCAGUCAUUGAGGCUCAGAAUGCUGUUAAAUCAAUAAAGAAGCAACACCUGGUAGAGGUCCGCUCUAUGGCCAACCCGCCUGCAGCAGUGAAGCUGGCCCUAGAGUCUAUCUGCCUGCUCUUGGGCGAAAGCACAACUGACUGGAAGCAGAUACGCUCCAUCAUUAUGCGGGAAAACUUCAUCCCAACCAUUGUAAACUUUUCAGCUGAGGAGAUCAGUGAUGCCAUCCGGGACAAGAUGAAGAAGAACUACUUAUCAAAUCCCAGUUACAAUUACGAAAUCGUGAACAGAGCGUCGCUGGCCUGUGGCCCUAUGGUGAAAUGGGCUAUUGCACAGUUGAACUACGCCGACAUGUUGAAACGGGUGGAGCCCCUUCGGAACGAGCUGCAGAAGUUGGAGGAUGAUGCCAAAGAUAACCAGCAGAAGGCUAACGAAGUGGAGCAGAUGAUCAGAGACCUGGAGGCCAGCAUUGCCCGCUACAAGGAGGAGUAUGCCGUGCUGAUUUCCGAAGCUCAAGCUAUUAAGGCAGACCUGGCUGCUGUAGAAGCAAAAGUAAACCGUAGCACAGCUCUCUUGAAGAGCCUGUCCGCAGAACGUGAAAGAUGGGAGAAAACGAGUGAAACCUUCAAGAACCAGAUGUCCACCAUUGCAGGAGACUGCUUGCUCUCGGGAGCUUUCAUUGCUUACGCCGGUUACUUUGACCAACAAAUGCGUCAAAACCUCUUCACGACUUGGUCUCACCAUUUGCAGCAAGCAAAUAUUCAGUUCCGCACAGACAUCGCAAGGACCGAAUACCUGUCCAAUGCAGAUGAACGCCUUCGCUGGCAGGCAAGCUCCCUACCUGCUGAUGACCUGUGCACUGAAAACGCUAUUAUGCUGAAGCGAUUUAACAGGUAUCCCCUGAUCAUCGAUCCCUCUGGCCAAGCUACAGAAUUCAUCAUGAAUGAAUAUAAGGACCGCAAGAUAACUCGGACCAGCUUCUUGGAUGAUGCUUUCAGGAAGAACUUGGAGAGCGCCUUGCGGUUUGGGAAUCCUUUGCUUGUCCAGGAUGUGGAGAGUUAUGACCCUGUCCUGAAUCCUGUGCUGAACCGAGAAGUCCGGAGAACUGGCGGUCGAGUUCUUAUCACCCUGGGAGAUCAGGAUAUUGACUUGUCACCCUCUUUUGUCAUUUUCCUCUCUACCAGGGACCCAACAGUCGAGUUCCCACCUGAUCUCUGUUCCCGUGUGACAUUUGUCAAUUUCACCGUAACUCGCAGUAGCUUGCAGAGUCAGUGCCUGAAUGAGGUGCUGAAAGCAGAAAGACCAGAUGUGGAUGAGAAACGCUCUGAUCUCCUAAAACUUCAAGGUGAAUUCCAGCUGCGUCUGCGGCAGUUAGAAAAGUCUCUCCUGCAAGCCCUCAAUGAAGUGAAGGGGCGGAUCUUGGAUGAUGACACCAUCAUAACAACACUGGAGAACCUGAAGAAAGAAGCGGCGGAAGUUACCAGAAAAGUCGAGGAAACGGACAUUGUCAUGCAAGAAGUGGAGACCGUGUCUCAGCAGUAUCUUCCCCUUUCUACCGCCUGCAGCAGUAUCUACUUCACAAUGGAGUCACUCAAACAGAUUCACUUCUUAUACCAGUAUUCUCUCCAGUUUUUCCUGGACAUUUAUCACAACGUCUUGUACGAGAACCCAAAUCUGAAGGGCAUUACUGACCAUACCCAGCGUCUUUCCAUCAUCACAAAGGAUCUCUUCCAGGUGGCUUUCAAUAGAGUGGCUCGUGGGAUGCUCCACCAGGAUCACAUCACCUUUGCUAUGCUGUUGGCAAGGAUUAAACUGAAAGGCACUAUUGGGGAGCCUGCCUACGACGCAGAAUUCCAGCACUUCUUAAGAGGGAAAGAAAUCGUUCUCAGCAACACGUCUCUCCCCAAGAUCAGUGGCCUGACUGUGGAGCAGCUGGAAGCCAUGAUGAGGCUGAACUUCCUUCCUUCAUUCAGGGACCUGGUUUCCAAAGUACAGGCUGAUGACCAAUUCUGCAUCUGGCUUGACAGCAGUUCCCCGGAGCAAACUGUGCCUUAUCUUUGGACUGAAGACAAGCCUGCAACCCCCAUCGGGCAGGCCAUCCACCGCUUGCUCCUGAUCCAGGCUUUCCGCCCCGACCGUCUCCUGGCCAUGGCGCACCAGUUUGUUUCCACCAACCUUGGCGAGAACUUCAUGUCCAUUAUGGAGCAGCCCUUGGAUCUGGCGAACAUUGUAGACACUGAGGUGAAACCAAACACUCCCGUGUUGAUGUGCUCAGUGCCCGGCUAUGACGCCAGCGGUCACGUUGAAGACCUUGCUGCUGAGCAGAAUACGCAGAUAACUUCCAUUGCUAUUGGUUCUGCUGAAGGUUUCAACCAAGCGGACAAGGCCAUCAAUACAGCAGUGAAAUCGGGCAGGUGGGUCAUGCUGAAGAACGUCCACUUGGCCCCCGGGUGGUUGAUGCAGCUCGAAAAGAAGCUCCAUUCCCUCCAGCCUCAUGCGUGCUUUAGGCUUUUCCUGACAAUGGAGAUAACUCCCAAAGUGCCAGUGAACUUGCUACGUGCUGGCCGAAUUUUCGUAUUUGAGCCACCACCUGGUGUGAAGGCCAACAUGCUGAGAACUUUUAGCAGCAUUCCCGUGUCCAGAAUGUGCAAGUCACCAAACGAGCGUGCUCGCCUCUAUUUCCUCCUCGCGUGGUUCCACGCCAUCAUUCAAGAACGUCUGCGAUAUGCUCCUCUGGGCUGGUCCAAAAAAUACGAAUUUGGUGAAUCGGAUCUAAGAUCUGCAUGCGAUACAAUAGAUACAUGGCUAGAUGACACAGCUAAGGGCCGACAGAAUAUCUCACCCGACAAGAUCCCAUGGUCUGCUCUGAAGACUCUGAUGGCCCAGUCAAUUUACGGUGGCCGUAUCGAUAACGAAUUUGACCAGCGCUUGCUGAACACUUUCCUGGAGCGCCUGUUCACCACUUUGAGCUUUGACAGCGAAUUCAAGUUGGCUUGUAAGGUGGACGGACACAAAGACAUUCAGAUGCCAGAUGGAAUUAGGCGUGAAGAAUUUGUCCAGUGGGUGGAGCUGCUGCCGGACACCCAGACUCCGUCCUGGCUGGGCUUGCCAAACAACGCCGAAAAAGUUCUUCUCACCACCCAGGGUAUCGAUAUGAUCAGUAAAAUGCUGAAGAUGCAAAUGUUAGAAGAUGAGGAUGACUUAGCCUACGCGGAGACCGAGAAGAAGGCGCGAACAGACUCCACCUCCGAUGGCCGUCCAGCCUGGAUGCGGACCCUGCAUACCACAGCUUCCAACUGGCUCCAUGUUAUUCCACAAACUCUGAAUCACCUGAAACGUACUGUGGAAAACAUUAAGGACCCGUUGUUCAGGUUCUUUGAAAGAGAAGUCAAGAUGGGAGCCAAACUCCUCCAAGACGUCAGACAAGACCUGGCAGAUGUCGUUCAAGUGUGCGAGGGCAAGAAGAAGCAAACCAAUUACCUGAGGACCCUUAUUAACGAGCUGGUGAAAGGCAUUCUGCCCCGGAGCUGGUCUCAUUACACGGUGCCUGCUGGUAUGACAGUGAUCCAGUGGGUGUCUGACUUCAGUGAACGCAUUAAGCAGCUCCAGAGUAUCUCCCAGGCAGCAGCUUCUGGUGGAGCCAAAGAACUGAAGAAUAUCCACGUGUGCUUGGGUGGCCUCUUUGUGCCCGAGGCCUACAUUACGGCUACAAGGCAAUAUGUGGCUCAGGCCAACAGCUGGUCCCUUGAAGAACUCUGCCUGGAGGUCAAUGUGACAACUACUCAGAACGCAGUCCUGGACGCCUGCAGUUUUGGAGUGACAGGUCUGAAACUUCAAGGGGCUACUUGCAACAACAACAAACUGUCCCUCUCCAAUGCUAUUUCAACCGUCUUGCCCAUAACUCAGCUGCGUUGGAUCAAGCAGACCAAUGCGGACAAAAAGGCUAAUGUGGUGACUCUCCCGGUUUACCUAAACUUCACCCGCGCUGAUCUGAUUUUCACAGUCGACUUCGAAAUCGCUACUAAGGGGGAUCCUCGGAGCUUCUAUGAACGUGGCGUGGCUGUUUUGUGUACUGAAUAAAAAGCUUAAUGCAUAACAGUAGUCAAAAUGUAUGUCUGUAUUCCAGUUCUAGAGCAUUACUUUAACACUGUGGGGCAUGUGGUUAAGUUGUCAGGUGGUUGUGCACAGUGGAGCAGGAUGGAUGUGGUUGAAAAUGACAAAUGGUUGGAAGGACUGGUUUUAGAAGGUUGCAGAGAAGUGCAUUCUUGUUGAAUUUGCUUUUAAAUGAAAUAAAACUUUGAUGUACCAUU